CUCUGGCCCGGCCAGUUGCCCAGUUCCUUACCUCGGUUGCUGUCAGGCGAUCGCUUUACCGAUCCAGCGAUUGAGUAUUCCGACAACAAUAAACUAAAUUUAUUCAACAACGGAUUUUAUGAGACAGUGUGUGUGUGAAAGACAAAACUUCAGUGCGGACGAAUAAUAUUCACCUUCGGAAAACGUCUUGAAUAAAACACAAAAGAUUGAAAAUGACUAUUCAAUCUUAAAUCGAUACAUAAGUAGACCGGUACCGACCUACAUGAAUAUUUGAUUUUAAAUUAAUUAGUGGGUAUAAAAAUUAACUGACGUCUCGUCGGCUGGCUGAUCAUUACACUAUUGGCUCUUAAGUGAGCACAACCAUUAGCAUCUUUCUAACAUCAAAUAAAAUGUGAUACAACGAGUCUAACACGUGGAUAUUUAAAGAUUCUACUGUUCUAACAACCGACAAAAUAACUAUCAUAAAAUUAAUUAAUAUUAUGAAGAUCCAUAAACGAUUUUGCUAAAACAACAUUAUAGGCCUAUAAAUAUCACAUUAACAAAUAAUAGUGUAAUAUAAUAUCGAGCACUAGUUAGCUAAAGUGAAGUGUAUUGAAUGAAUUAUUUUUUAUAUAAAUAAGCGGUUUGAUUUUUGUUUAAUAAUUUUAUGUUAUUUUACUAAAAUGUCACCGCAGAAAAAUCCGGAGAAGCAAGCAGUCAGUCGGUCAAGGAUUGUAUUAUCACAGGUGUUAGCAUGCCUCGCCUUGGACUUUUUACUCAUAGGCUUGGGCAUGUCUAUCAGCUUUGUGACUAUGGUCCUACCUGACGUUCUGGAUGCUAAGGAGGGACUCUCACUCAACAAAAGACAAGCGUCAUGGUUCGGUAGCAUGGCGUUUCUUUGCCAGCCGCUGGGCAGCAUAUUCUCAGGCCCGCUGCUGGACUACUUCGGGCGAAAGAAGGCUCUAUUCUUAGUAAACAUACCGCACUUAAUUGCGUGGCUGUUGAUGUACUUUGCUUGGGACGUUCCAUCACUGUUCAUCGCCAACGCAUUAUUGGGUAUCGGAACUGGAAUCAUGGAGGCGCCUUCGGUCACGUAUGUGGGUGAAAUUAGUGAUCCUUCGGUACGUGGUAUCCUUACAACGUUGACCAACUGUUUCACCUCUACGGGUAUGUUCAUCGCAUAUCUUCUUGGAACAGUGCUGACUUGGAGACAGGCAGCACUUGUGUCGCUGACUAUACCUAUCGCCACAAUGCUUUUAGUGUUAUUCGUCCCUGAAACUCCAAUUUGGCUGAUGUCCAAGGGUCGCCAGAAAGAAGCUCUCCGUUCACUGUGCCGUCUUCGUGGCUGGGCCCAACCUGAAGACGUGAAAGAGGAAUUCGACCAGCUCGUACAAUACAAUGAUAUUCUACAGCAGUGCGUUAUUUGCGUCAAAGAAAGGCGAUCAGACUUAGAUCCUUGUGAACAUAAGAAUUGCAAUAUUUUCAAGAGGAUCGUGUUGAAGUUUAAAUACGUAUUCUUUGUAAAGGAGACGAUGAGGCCUUUUACUCUUGUCAUGGCGUAUUUCUUUUUCUUCACACUGAGCGGCUUGCUACCCGUGCGACCGAAUAUGGUAAACGUAUGCAGGGCCUUAGGAAUGAAAUUUGACCCUAAAACUAUUGUCGUCGUCAUUGGCGUUGUAUUUAUUGUGAUGAAUCUCCUCUCCGCAGCGAUAGUUAAGAUAAUAGGAAAACGAAAAUUAGUCUUAUCGUCCCUAUUUGCUACAGCACUCUGCAGCUUAGCUAUAAGUCUAUACGCACGUACAAGUCUUCCAGCAAAUGUGUUCUCGUAUGAAGCUAGCACGUUCCCGGAUAAGAAGGAACUCCUGCCAGUAUUUCUAUUUAUGAUGUUGGUGUCGUUCAGCAGUUUGGGAAUACCAUGGGUGCUUCUGUCAGAGGUCUUCCCAUUUAGGAGCCGAGGCUUAGCAACAGGUUUAGCUGCUGCCUUCAGCUACACUAUAACCUUCAUCGCAGCGAAAACUAAUUACAAUUUAGAAGCAAACUUCCAUCUAAGUGGAACAUUCUCGUUCUAUGGAAUAGUUGGUAUCAUCGGAACGUUCUACCUUUAUUUCUAUUUGCCAGAAACAGAGAGAAAGACAUUAGUAGAAAUAGAAGCCUAUUAUAAAGGCAAGCAGAAAAUAUUUGCUGACGAUUUUUUGAUAAAUGCCUUCCGAAAGAAAACUUGCAUCAAUAACGAUGUUGAUAAACCUAUGCUAGUCAAAUAACUACCUCAAUUUUAUGAUGAAUUGCCGUGCACGAAUUUUUCUUAAUUUUUUGGUAUAAUAGGUAUGUAAGUAAUUAAUAAUUGUACAUUGAAGCUAUGUUAGUUGUUACCUAAAUAAAUUAGAUACAAUUUAGUUUAAUUAAGAAAAUAAGUGUUCAUAAGUUAUUGUUAACUGAUAAUAAAUACAUUAUAUUUUUAUAA